AUGUCCGACCUCAAGGCUACCGUCGCCGAGACUCCCACUGGCUUCCAGGUCGAUGGUGUCGAGCGUAUCUCCUACGGCUUCAUGUUCCUUGAUGGAGUCUUCGACCUUAAGAAUUCUCAGCUGGCUGAUAUGUAUAAGAAGUGGGGGCGCUGCCUGGCCAUCGCCGACACCAACGUGUAUGCCCUAUACGGCGAGCAGAUGCAUGCGUACUUCGAGCACUACGGCAUCAAACUCCAGAUCCACCGCACCAGGAUCGGCGAAGAAUCCAAGACGAUGGAGACUUUGCUCGCCAUCUGCGAGACCAUGACUGAAUUCGGAAUCAUCCGCACCGAGCCGGUUCUCGUGGUCGGCGGUGGGCUCAUCACUGACGUCGCCGGGAUCACUAACUACAUCCGCAUUCCCACGACCGUCAUCGGCCUCAUUGACGCUUCGGUCUCCAUCAAGGUUGCCGUCAACCAGGGCAAGCACAAGAACCGUCUUGGUGCCUACCACGCUCCCAUGUAUACCUUCUUAGACUUCACAUUCCUGCGUACCCUUCCCGAAGCUCAGGUCCGCAAUGGCUUCGCCGAGCUCAUCAAGAUUUCCACCUGUGCCGACCUCCAAACGUUCGAUUUGCUCGACAAGUAUUGCGAGCAGCUCAUCUCGAUGAAGUUCGGCCGCGCCGACGGCAGUUCCCCGGAACUCAAGGCCGCUGCUGACGAGAUCAACCGUCGCGGCAUCCACGUCAUGCUCAAACUCGAGGUCCCCAAUCUCCACGAGCUUGCCCUCGACCGUGUCAUCGCGUACGGCCACACCUGGUCGCCAACCCUCGAGCUGGCGCCCAAGACCCCCCUCCGCCACGGCCACGCCAUUUCGGUCGACAUGGCAUACUCGGCGACGCUCGCCCUCUCCAAAGGAAUCAUCGACGCAGAUGCCCACCGCCGCAUCCUCAACCUCUUCUCGCGGGCAGGAUUAACGAUGAACCACCCCCUGUUCGACGAGGCCUUAAUCGCCAAGGGCACCAACGCGAUCCUGAAGACUCGGGACGGUCUUCUCCGCGCCGCCAUCCCAAGCCCCAUCGGCAAGUGCGUGUUCCUGAACGACUGCACGGCCAACGACAUGAACAAGGCUCUGCACAUGCACCGGGAGUUCUGCAAGAAGUACCCGCGCGAGGGUGCCGGCGUCGACGCAUACGUCGAUUCGAGCGACACCGGCGUCUUCAUGGAGUCCGAAGAGAAGGAUGCCAUUCACGGACGUAACGUCGGUGGGUUCAACGCUGAUGUCGCGAUGGCGGCGUUGAACAACGAGAUCCAGAGGGAGAUCAAAUAG